GGACAAUCGGCAACGACCACGAAACCCGCGAAAGUCCAACCCGCAUAAUCACAAAUAUUUCACGCCCCCCGCGGCAGAUAAAACAGAUACGACACGAUGGGAUUCUUUUCGGAUUUGAUGGAGGCGGUUACGCCUUGGGCGGAGGUGGAGGCGGAGGCUCCCGCUAAGGAGGAGGAGGAGGAGGGUGUUAAGGUAUGCUUUGAUUCGCUGUGAUUUGCUUGUUUUUGUGUUCUUUUUGGGGGAGAGGGGGGAGGUGGGACUUUGAGGUUGGAGGUUGAGGGGGGAUUUAGGUAUGAGGGGAUGGGGGAGGGGUGGUGAUGUGAGAGUGUGAUAGUGAUCAGGGGGUUGCGAUCGAGGGGUCGCAGAUGAGAUAUGGGCGGGCUUUGGGGAUUAGGGAGAGAGAUUAAGGAUGUGCGAUUGGGGGUUUACGAGAAAUGGGGCUAAUGAUUUUUCGAUAGGACUCCAGGGACGAGGAAUCUGAGGAUAAGGAGGAAGAGGAGGUGGAGGAAGAAGAAGAGGAAGAGGAGAUGGUCGAUCCCAAGGAGAAAUUUGAGGCUGGUGAGUUGUUCGUUCUGCUUGGAUUGGGUAUCAUGGACAUUGGGGCAGAUUGAGAAUAUUGAAUAUUGGGGGAUAUGGUGCAUGGCAUUUGAAUUGAUGAACUGACGAAUCGAUAGAAUGCCGGGAAUCUAAGGGUUGCUCGUCGUACAAGCAUCACUUUGAUGAGUGUGUCGAACGGGUUACUGGUAAAUCAGACGAUGGUCCAAAAGAGGACUGUGUUGAAGAAUGUAUGUUUUCCUCUCCUUUUCCUCCCAGUAUCCCAAUUUCGGUGCCAUACUAAUGCAAUUGAUACACAGUCUUCCACCUCGCACAUUGCGCCAACGCAUGCGCAGCUCCUAAAGUAUUUGCUGCUCUCAAGUAG